AUGGUUGCACCAACAGCUCUGAAGAAGACUACUGUUCCAGAAACUGGCAAUAAUGCUGCUUCUAUUAGUUCAAGUAGAAUAAUAGGUAUGGAUAAUACAGAGAUGAUCGAAGAUGAUGAGGAUAUUUUGAUAGAUCAAGAUGACAAUGUUGCAGUCUCGACUGAAAAUGGUCCAACUGAAGAAAUUAAAAAACAAAAAGAAUCUAAAGGUGUAGUGUUUGAUGAAUCUGGGAAACCACGUUUUGCUCAAGCUAACAAAACUACUUUAACAAAGAUUAAACUGGAGAGUAGAAAAAUUGCAGUUCCACCACAUAGAAUGACCCCACUAAGAAAUAAUUGGACUAAAAUAUAUCCACCUUUGGUGGAACAUUUAAAACUACAAGUUAGAAUGAAUUUAAAAACUAAAUCGGUCGAAUUAAGAACUAAUCCUAAAUUUACAACAGAUCCAGGUGCUUUACAGAAGGGUGCCGAUUUCAUUAAAGCUUUUACUCUUGGGUUUGAUCUAGAUGAUGCUAUUGCAUUAUUAAGAUUAGAUGAUCUAUAUAUUGAAACUUUUGAAGUUAAGGAUGUUAAGACUCUAAAUGGUGAUCAUUUGUCAAGAGCCAUUGGUCGUAUUGCCGGUAAAGAUGGUAAGACUAAGUUUGCUAUUGAAAACGCUACAAGAACAAGAAUUGUGCUUGCUGAUAGUAAAAUUCAUAUUCUAGGCGGGUUCACACAUAUUAGAAUGGCUAGAGAAUCUGUUGUUAGUUUGAUUCUUGGUUCUCCACCAGGUAAAGUUUACGGUAAUUUGCGUACUGUCGCAUCAAGAUUGAAGGAACGUUACUAA